AUGACGAUGGCCAAGGUGAAAACAUGCCGUUAUGCAGCGGCUGAGGGAGCGGAAGUGCUUGCUCUAGCAUAUAAGGAUAAAAGCUACGAGUUUGUGAUAUUCCUUCCAUCGGAGAACGUUCCAUUCGCGCAAUUCCGAGAAGGAAUCACUGGCGACAAGAUCAAAGAAUUGGUAAAACAGGCUGAAGAAUCGAUUUCUCAUGGAGUGAAUGUGACCAUCCCCAAAUUCAAGAUGUCCUCGUCACCGGAAAUAAAGGCAAUGUUGCAAGAUCUGGGCAUUUCCGAGCUUUUCAGUCGUGGCUCCUGUGACCUACAAGGGGUGUCACCGAACAAACUCUUUGUCGAAGACGUCGUUCACAAGCUGUAA